AUGUUCAUCGAGACCCCAGGAAGCGCCAUCGAUUUUCUUGAGAACAUGGGUGUUAUUUCGAAAUAUGGCUGGAAAGCUCGGUUUGACAAUCAUCCCGAAGUGCAUUGUAGGCCUUUUAAUUUUCCUCGCUUAUCCCAACUGAAACAGUUCAUUCCUAUGUCUAUCAGAUAUACAUUCAAGUACUAUCUGCGCAAGCGAUUCAUAGAACGACGUCAACCAUUUUUGGAUCCUACUAAGCAUGUGCCGUGGAACCCCAUAUACGGCGUCCCAAUGGGAGGAAUUGGAUGUGGUGCCAUUGGCAGAGGAUUUCGUGGCGAGUUCAUUCGGUCGAGCCUGAUUCCAGGCAUGUACUCAUACGAAGAACAGCCAGCUGACCAAUUCAUUUUGACAAUCAAAAGUCAGAACAUAACGCUAUAUCAACGUGUUCUUUCACCCCGAACCCAUGCCUCCGGGUGUGCCCCCGGCUUGCGAGAUUGGCUGUGGGGUUUUCCGACUCAUCACGGCCACUACGUUGGUCUGUAUCCGAGGGCUUGGACCGUCUACGAGAUCCCUGAUUGCCAACUGCUGCUUGUCUGCCAACAGAUUUCUCCUGUCAUACCCCACGACUAUAAAAGCUCUUGUCUUCCUGCCUGCGUGUUUGUUUGGACUGCAUUCAACUUUGGGGUGCUUCCUCUGGAUGUUUCCAUCUCCUUCUCUUGGCAUGGGCCAACUCCUACCCCACGCAGUUCAUACACACCCGUGUCUCGGUCCUCUUCCGUUAAACCCUCUAGUCGUCGCCUAUGCAAUCGAUUCGGUGCGGAAGAGGAAGAUGAGUUCUCUGAUCAUUCGACACAGAAUCCAUCCAACCGUCAUUCCUUCCAGUCGUGUUCAUUCUCCUCUGAUCAAACAGGAGUCUUUGGGUGCCUUCUCGAUCGCUUAGUUGGGGACGAGUUGCCUUGUUGUUUUGGCAUUGCGUGCAAGUCGAAUCAGAAGGUCACGGUUCGUCGAUGUCCGGGGUUUUGGUUCAAUCGUGAACCCAACAAGUCGAAUUCGUCUGGGUUUCACGAUGCGCCUUUUUCACAUUCCGCGACAAGUGUGGAUGGUGCAGUAGAGGAGCCUUACCACUUCCUGUCCUAUCAAAAUGCUCCGUCUGCACAGACUAUCUGGAAUGAGUUACAGUCAGAAGCUGGAUUGAGGGAUGUCAAUUCAGAUGGUUUCCGUCUUCCAAAUAUCCAUGCCUUCAGAGAGCAUGCUCCCCAAAUAGCAAUGAUGGUCAGUGGCACUUGUACAGUACCUCCUUUCAAAACUCCUGUCAAGACUUCUGGCGAUUCUCCGGCACCUGGGCGGGCAACUUUCGAGUUCGCUGUUGUGUGGCACUCACCAGUUGUCAGGUUUCGUGCCAAUGGUAUAACUUACAGGAGACGCUACGCCCGGUGGUAUCCUCAACCAGGAAUGUUGGGAGCUGAAUGCUUGUUAGAACACGCGUUAAUGGAAUGGCCUAACUGGGUGAAGAAGAUCAAACAAUGGCAAGAUCCUGUUUUAAAGAAUGAAAGCUUGCCUGAUUGGUACAAGUCGGCUCUCUUCAAUGAGUUGUACUAUUUCACCGAUGGUGGCGCUGUUUGGCUUGACCCAAUUCGUAUUGGGGACUUGUCUAUCUCCGAGAAUGAUCUGCUUCCCAUUGAUUUCGUACGAGCUGAUAAGAAGAAGUCGAAUCUGGAUCCGUUUCGUUUGACAGGGCGUCACUUGUCUACUCAGGACAAAACGGGUCCCAACGUGAAACUGGAAUGUUGGAAACAUCGCUGUCAACUUGGGCGUGAGAUGGGUCUGUUCGCUUAUUUGGAAGGUCAUGAAUAUCGCAUGUUCAACACGGUAGAUGUGCAUUACUACGCUUCAUGUGCGUUUAUCAAACUUUGGCCCAAGCUUCAGCUCGCUAUUAACUACGAUUGCGCUGACCUAACACUGGAAGAGGACACAACUAAAACAUAUUUCAUCCAUGAAGGACAUCAUGGCUUUCGGAAUCUCGAGUGCUUCGUACCGCACGAUUUCGGCGAACCGGAGAAUGAACCUUGGCGGAUCACAAACGCCUACAUCAUGUUUCCAACUGACAGUUGGAAGGAUUUAGCACCCAAGUUCAUUUUGCAGACGUGGAGGGACUGGAAACAUACACAAGACUACUACUAUCUGCUGUACAUGUUGCCAAUCGUUUACCGGAUUAUCCGUCUAUGUCUCAGUGCAUGGGACAAGGAUGGGGAUGGAGUUAUUGAAAAUUCUGGCUUUCCUGAUCAGACUUUUGAUACUUGGAAGACCACUGGUAUGAGUGCUUACACGGGUGGCUUGUGGGUCGCCUGUCUUUAUGGAGCUCACGAUAUGCUGGAGAAAGCUUUAUCUACCGACUCACCCUUCAUGGACUACCUGGCUCAGAACGUGGCGGAUAAUGGCACUCCUUGGACAGUUGUAGAGCAAGAACUUUUCGCAGCAUUACAAACAGCUAAAGCUGCCUACGAUAAAGUUCUCUGGACUGGAAACUACUAUGCUUACCAAUCCUCACCCAUCGACGACCACGACGCCAUCUUGUCCGCCCAACUAUGCGGUCACUGGUUCCUUCGAACUUCCGGUGCUCCCACUGAUGCGAUCUUACCAAGAGACCACGUUUUGGCCACUUUGGAAACGAUCCGAGACAACAAUUGGCUAAGUAUACAGAACGGUGCAAUAGGAGCUAUCAACGCAACAUUGCCGGAUCGUAAAAGAACUUUGCACAGUGUUCAGGCUGAAGAAUUCUGGGUGGGCAUAAAUUAUGCACUCGCUGCGACCAUGAUCAUGGAAAAUAUGACCUCUGAAGGAUUGGCUCUCGCCGGUGCUUGUUACAAUACCAUCUAUCAUCGUUUCGGUUUACAAUACCAGACACCGGAGGGCUAUCUGGUUGACGGUCGGUUUCGAUGCCCCGGAUACAUGAGACCCUUGGCCAUCUGGAGCAUCCAAACUGCACUGGAAUUGAAACAGUCCAGGACGAAUACAGUGAACGAGGGAAAUUUGAGAGCAAAUGAGGUGCCAAACUCCGAACAGUCCGCGCGAUGUUAA